CGUCUCAGAUCAGCUACGACUCCAAAUAAUUGCAAAGUGGCUGAAUGCUCUCGUAAAUCCAUCCUCGAUUGGUGAAGAGCAGCUGGUUAGCCCUUACUAUUGGUCCCAUCUGGUACAUGGGCCGGAUCUUCACCAGUGUCUUUCCCGCUUUUGAUCUGAUAACCUGAACCGAGACACCUUGGGCAUCACCUGUUGGGUCCGAAAACUUUUGUUCAAUCCUCUGCCAUCAGCAACCAGCUGGGAUCCGACUCACAAUGUCCACCAGGUCUGCGAGGUUGGGUCUACAGCUGAUCCAGACUCGUGCGAGCCUGGCCCCGACGAAAAAAGCCUUGUCGACAUCACGACGCGAGAUCUCGUCGGCAGCUGCGAUUGCCCAAAGCCAUCACCGAGUCUCAGCAUCAAAAUUGACACCUCUAGCUGCAAAUCCGCCGUCCUCAACCACGACGCCUUCCUCAUUCUUUACUCCCUCUCUGUGUCGGACGAGGAAUGCAUCGACAUCCUCAAAUGUCUCCGCCUCCACAACCUCCACAUCUCCGCCGCCGUCCUCCUCUCCCACUGCUCUAGAUUGGAAUACCUUCUUCCGCCUUCGAACUGUGCGGCGUCGCUACGCCCUCACCUCUUCAAUCAUUACGUCGUUUGCUUCUACGACCGGAGCGUUGGUCGCAUUUUCCGAAAUCCCGGCCUUUGCUGAUAACAUCACAAAAAUCAUUCCUACCGAUCCGGUCAUUGGUAUUGGGAUUGCAACAUUUGGAGCCACAUUCUUUGGCUGGCUGAUUGGCCCUGCUUUUGGAAACACUCUCUGGAGACUGUUGCAUCGAAGUCGUCUGCCAGAGUUCAACAAAAAAGAGCGAGAAUUUUUUGAAAGGAUCAAAAAACACAGAGUCAACCCAAGUGGCGCGAGCACCAACAAUCCAGUACCUGAUUUCUAUGGUGAGAAAGUGGGAAGUGUGGCUGGCUACCGACGGUGGCUCAAAGACCAGCGUGCUUUCAACAGGAAGCGGGGAGGAAGCUAUCCCCCAACCAUGUGAACAGAGGUGUUUGGGGCCGUCACAAUCAGAUCGCUGCGGAAAGCUUGCAGCAAAGGAUUCAAUGUAUGGCAAAGAGCGAUUUCCCUCGAGCUAAUGUGGCCGAGUUCUCUGAUGGUGAUGACUCUCCAAAGCACGGCUGGACUGGGCGUUAGAACAAGGCAACAUGGGCAUUCACCUUGUCAGCUGUGCAGAUGAACAUUCGAAAAAGCCAUCAUUCUCGUGUAAUAACAUUUCAGUUAUCACCCUCGUUGUACAACAACUGACACUCCGAUAUGACAAGAUCCAACUAUAUUCCAAAUGAUACCCUUCCACCCAAGCUUUCGCAUCUGAGAAUAGGUCUUGUGACCCAAGCGGUCUCCCUCUGUGUGUUUCACCUCACGGUGCAGCUUCCCGUGACAAAGUGAGGUUUUGUACAAGACCACUCCUGCUCGAAC